AGUGGGCAUUAGCUGAGCACCAGUGAGACAACCCAGGCAGGCAGGAUAUGUGGCUGCUCUUGAUUCUCUUCCUUCCUGUCGUCAGAGGCUCACCUGCCCUCAUGGCAGUGUCCGAUGCAGUGAGUGGCCCAGUGCGGGGCUCACUGACUGUGCAGUGUCGCUAUGAACCCGGAUGGGAGACUCACAAUAAGUGGUGGUGUCAAGGAGCUGAGUGGAAAAGCUGCCAUAUCCUAGUUCAAACUGAUGGAUCAGAGAGGGAAGCAAAGGGUGACCGAGUGUCUAUCAAGGACAAUCAGAAACUGCGUGUGUUCACCGUGACCAUGGAGGAGCUCAGGUGGAACAAUGCAGACACUUACUGGUGUGGGAUUGAAAGAUACGGACCUGACCUUAGGGUUAAAGUUAAAGUGACCAUUGACCCAGUGACCGAGCAGUGUCAUUAUAGCCCAGGGUGGGAGACCUUCAUGAAGUCAUGGUGUCCAGAUGCUGAUUUGGAUACCUGUACCAUCUUUGUUGAAACUACUGGAUCAGAGUUGAAGGUGAACAUUUUGUCCAUCAAUAAGAAAAAGCACACAUUCUCCAUGAUCACAUUGGGAGAGUAAAAGAACUUAUAAGAAAAAUCAGCUGUUAUUUUUCUGAGGUGCUCCCCAGGUGUUUUUACAGUAUGGCAGUCCUGCUCACACCAGAAGUCUAGAAAUUUAGAUAAGGCCUCACCUUAGAUUUCCUCCAUAAGAUCCUGCUUUGCUUUUCCUGGGGCACCUUUUAAAAUAAGCACUUGGAGUUAAGCCCAUGAAGAAUCAGUGGCCUCUUCCCUGACCACCUUAUAAGUAAUAGGUACUGCCACCCUUCUCUUGGUCUCCUGUUUGCUCCUGGUCUGGGAUGGAGGACUGCCCUUCCUCAGGCUUAUUGGGUGCCUCUCCCCUAGGUCUGUAAACAACAAACUUUGUGAUUCUCUUUCCUUUGUGCGGGUGUAUUGGAAGUGUGCCUUCCAUUAAAAUGACCCUGGAUGUUUAAUGGUUCAGAGUGGGACCUUAGCUAUUUAGGGAGCUACUUGCCUCCUCAUUCAGCAGGCCAUGAUGUGCAUAUUUUUAAUCCAGCACACCAGCUCCAACUUCUCAAUACACCAUGGAGGACUCAGGCAAGUGAAUCCAGACACAUCCUUGUGUGGGAUUAGGAGACCAGAGCUGACCGCGGGUCUCAGUUAACCUGACCAUUGACCCAGGGAAGCACUCUUCUCUCAUGUACCAAUGUGGCAUCUCCUCGGAAAGAGGGAGCCUGUGAAAAACUGAGCAGAUUCGUCAACUUUUAUAUUUAUUUGUGGAUUUUUAGAAAAAGAUAUUUUGAAAGUACACAGAAUAUAAAGUAAAAUAUACUAUAGUGUCUUCUACUCUAGUUGCUACCCAAAGGUGAGGAAUGUAACCAGUGUGUGUGUGUGUGUGUGUGUGUGUGUGUGUGUGUGUGUGUGUAAGAGAGAGGCGGAGAAAUUCUAUGUCCCUGAAGGAUAUAUUGUGUUUAUAUUCUUUCCCUCCCUCAAAGUAAAAUAUGUCUACUGUUCUACAGCUUGCUUAAUUUCAUGAAUGUAUUUUGAAAAUCAUUCCAUAUCAAUAUGUAUAAUAUUUUUAAUGGCUUCAUACUAUUCCGUGAUAGCGGCAUAUCAUGAUUUGUUUAAUUUUUUUCACUCCUGAUGGGCAUAUCAGUUGUUUUAAGUUUUUUGCAACUACAUACAAUUGUGCAACUAAACUCCUGCAUAUGUGGCUUGAUAUCCAUUUAUGGCUACACCUGUUAGGUAUGUUCCUAUAAUAAAAUAGCUGUGUUACUG